AUGUGCGAACAUCAAUUAACCCAAGAGGAUCUAGACUUCGAUAAAAAACACGUAUGGCACCCGUACACAUCAAUAACUACUCCAUUGAAAGUGUACCCUGUUACUAAAGCAGAAGGAAGUUAUCUGUACCUCGAUAAUGACACCAAGGUAGUAGAUGGUAUGGCAAGCUGGUGGUGCGUUCAACAAGGAUACAACAAUCCUAGACUAAAUGCAGCCGCCAUUUCACAGAUUAAUAAAAUGUCGCAUGUAAUGUUUGGUGGAAUUACUCAUAGGCCCGGAAUUGAUUUUUGUAAAAAGUUGCUCGCUUUAUUGCCGGAUUCCAUGGAAUGUGUUUUACUGGCAGAUUCCGGGUCUAUUUCUGUUGAUAUUGCAAUGAAGAUGGCUCUGAGAUACUACCAUUCACUGGGGGAUACAUCGAAAAAAAGGUUUUUGACAAUUAAAAAGGGCUACCACGGUGAUGCGUUUGGAGCCGUGUCAGUUUGCGAUCCCGUCAAUUCAAGGCAUAGUACUUAUAACGGAUUUGUCGCUGAAAACAUAUUCUGCAAAGCUCCAGAAGUCCGCUUUGAUUGUCGUGAAAAGGACGUUGAGAAACUGGUUGAGGAACUCGACGUAAAACCAUUUGCUAAGAUUAUUCAUAAACGCCAUAGUGAAAUUUCUGGUGUUGUGAUGGAGAGCAUAGUGCAGGGUGCUGGUGGUCUAAGAAUGUAUCAUCCAUACUUCUUGAAACGUGUUCGUGAGCUUUGCAACGAAUUCAAUAUUUUGCUAAUCCUUGACGAAGUCGCAGUAGGGCUUGGAAGAACCGGUAUGCUCUUUGGGUUUGAGCAUGCAGGGAUAGUGCCAGACAUAGUCUGUUUAGGUAAGACUUUGACGGCCGGGUAUUUGACAUUAUCUGCAACAGUUACCACCAGAAAGAUUGGUGAUCAGAUCUCUAGUGGACCUGAGGGCUGCUUCAUGCACGGACAAACCUAUAUGGCCAAUCCGUUAGCAUGCGCUGUUGCAAGUGAAAACUUGUCGAUUUUGAUGGAAGGUAAAUGGAAAUCUCAAGUUAGACAAAUAGAAGCGCAGUUGAAAAAUGAGCUUUUGCCUUUACUGGAACACCCCAUCGUAGCUGAUGUGAGGAUCCUAGGGGCUAUAGGUGUUGUCGAGGUUACGAAACGUGUGAACGUCGAAGUCUUGCAAGAGCGGUUUAUCAAGGCAGGAGCAUGGAUUAGACCCUUCGGUAACAUAAUCUAUAUUCUGCCUCCAUAUGUAAUUACCUCUGAAGAGCUGACCAUCUUGACAGAAGCUAUCCAAUCCGUUCUUGACUUUAUUUAA